CCCUCCGAGUUACCGAAAUCGCCGGAAUCGGAGCGAGCAGAGGUGGUAGUCUGUUGAUCAUAAUCAAUAUCUGACGUCUACCCUCUCACAGCUGAACAUGUUGAAUAAGAAUAAGUUCAACCUGAAGCUGCCACCGGGCUCCAUCGAACAGAACAAUGACAAUGACAACCACACAGGAACAGACACUCCUCAGAGGAAAGCCAGCACUGGGGCUACAGGUAGCUUUGGAAAUAUGUCCUUAGAAUCCCUUCUAAAGUGCAUACAAGAACUGGACAUGGAUGACACACAACGCAGACGGAUGGAAAUAUUCCUCGUCCAGAAACAGCAGAUUGGUGAACUGAAUGCAGAUGAUUUUGAGAAACUUGGUGAGCUUGGAGCUGGAAACGGAGGCGUAGUCAACAAAGAAAAGCACAAACCCACAGGAUUGUCAAUGGCUCGUAAGCUUAUACAUUUAGAAGUGAAGCCAGCUGUUAGAAACCAGAUAAUUCGUGAAUUGAAAGUACUUCAUGAGUGUAACUCUCCAUUUAUUGUUGGGUUCUAUGGAGCAUUUUACAGUGAAGGUGAAAUUUCAAUUUGUAUGGAGUAUAUGGAUGGUGGGUCACUUGAUCUGUGCUUGAAGAAAGCUAUACGCAUCCCAGAGCCAAUCUUAGGGAAAAUAUGUUCAACAGUCCUUAAGGGUUUAGCAUAUCUUCGAGAAAAACACCAGAUAAUCCAUAGAGACGUAAAGCCCUCCAAUAUUUUGGUCAAUUCCCGUGGGGAGAUUAAGAUUUGUGACUUUGGUGUGUCAGGACAACUUAUUGAUAGUAUGGCCAACACCUUUGUGGGAACUAGAAGCUAUAUGUCGCCAGAACGAUUAAACGGUGACCACUACUCCGUUGCCAGCGAUAUUUGGAGUUUAGGGUUGUCUCUUGUAGAAAUGGCUAUUGGAAUGUAUCCCAUCCCGCCACCAGACCCUGCCACUCUACAGAAAAUCUUUGGACAGAAGGUCGAGGGAGUGAGUCCGUCUCCAACUUCAAGGUCACCGAGGUCGGCUGGACUGCCAGGAGAACCACGACCGAUGGCAAUAUUCGAGCUGCUGGACUACAUUGUGAACGAACCGCCUCCGCGUCUGCCACCUGGAGUAUUUUCUCCAGAAUUCGUAGACUUGGUCGAUCGAUGCCUUAAAAAGAGCCCCAAUGAGAGAGCAGAUCUUACCACUUUGCAGAAUCAUGAAUGGAUAAAGCGUGCAGAAAGAGAAAAUGUUGAUAUAGCUGGCUGGGUGUGCAAGACAAUGGACAUCACGCCUUCUACUCCGACUAAGCCAUCAGCUGAGGGCAAUAGUUAAAAAGUUAUGAAGAGUGCUACACAUAUUCUGCUGGCUGGAGGAGCACCAGAACGACCUUAAACCCUUUUACUCUAUGUGAUGUAUAAAUCAUAAUUUAAUCGUUCCAAAUGGAUAAUAGUGUUGUUUAUUGUAUGUCCAAAUUAAUGUGCAACUAGUCCCGGUGACUUGCUAUUUUUGGGCUGAAGACCACAUCAUUCUUGAGUAGUGAUAAAGAAACUGUCAUUCAUAAGAGUGAAGUAAACUGUAUAUUAUUGCUUAUUAGCAAUGACAGAAACUAUAGUGUUUGAAAGUAGUGAUGGAGGAAAUUCAGAUAUAUAUUUUAUGAUUGUAUUGUAUAUCAUCUGAAGUUCAAGAAAAACUUGCAUGAGAGUUUUUAGAGUACACAGAUAUUGUGUUCAAGAUAGCACAAGAACAAGUUUAUACAAAAGAUUACCAUUUUGUAGAAACCAUAGUGUAUCUUCCUUAUUACGAGUAGGAGUAAGUAGUUAAUUUAAAAUAUCAAAGGUUAAGUUAGGGAAAAUUUUAUACCACUGGUUGGUUCUCCCAGACUUGUUAGUUCACAGACUUUAUUGUAGGUAUAUGAAAUAGGUCUUGGCUUAAUACUCACUGAAUGUUUAGACCUCUUUAACAUGAGAGAGACGGUCCAUGAGCUUGUAAAGACUGAAUUAGGAAGUGUGAUAUGGUCAAACCCGAGUGUUUGAAUAGUUAGGUUUAAAAAGAAGCUUUAAGUAUAGACAGAGUCAAUAUGUUGAUCACUUACUGAACUAACAGACUUCACUACUCAAGAUAUGCCUUGGAAAUCAGACCAAUUACCUUGUGCAAUCCAUUUUAUGCUGUAUAUUGUAGAGUAAUGUGGGAAUGUUGGAUGCAUUGAUGUCAGAGUUUAUGCAUCUCAUUCACAAUGUUUCUCUUUUAUGGGAUAGUGUUUUCAAUUUAAACUCUGCAGAGUGGUUGUGCAGGACAAUUAUUAUUUCUGUCGUCUAUGGUCUCCUCUAGGAAAUUGUUGGCAUGACCAAGGAGUCCAUCUGAUAAUUUUAUUGAGUCAUAUAGAGGCUUUGAAAGACUUUUUUUUUCUGAAAUAUUCGCAAAUGGUGAAAUAUGCAUUUAUUAAUUGUAUAAUUCUGUUGAUUUCAUAAUACAUUGUGGGUCUAAUUAAUUGCCAUUGAAUAGGGUUUCAUUAGGGCAACAAUUUUCAUUACUGCAUGCACAGGAUACUGAAGUCCGUAUUGAGAAGGAUCAAGUUUGGCUUCCAAAUAUACCAAAGUUUAUAUUUUAGUCAAAAAUGUAAAUAAUAAGGUGAAAUGCUUUUUUUUUUUUUGCAGUAUACAGUUUUCUAGUUCCAUAGCAAUUACAUGCCAAGAUAUUAGGUAGAAUCAUGCAUUCCUUGCUGUGCAUAUAUUGAAUUAAUAAUUUUGACAACAAUAAGAACUCUAUCAAUUCAUAUUGUCAGAUUAUGCAAUUCAUACUGGCUGUCAUUAUUAUAAUCCAUAUACCAGUUCAUAGAUUUGAAAACGUCAUUUAUUAUCUGUAAAUUUUGAUAACAGACUGAAUCAUUUUUUAUUUUUUUAUGUUACUGAUACUGAAAAUACUGAAAAAAAAAAAUAUUGUAACUGAAAAUUGCUAGGUCAAACAUGAGCAUAUGUCCUAGGGGUAAAUGGAACAUUCGACGAUUAACGGUAAUUUAGAUAUUGGAAGAGGGUGCAUCGAGACGAGCAAAAGAGGUUGGACAUAAUGGAAACUGGAAACCAUUGUUGAGUGUAUCAAGAACAAGAAACAGUCACUGGGUGUUUAGUAAUAGAGUCUUUUGUUACCUAAUAGGUGUUAACUUAUGUUAUAAGAAUCAGCAAAAAAUAAAUAAAAAUAAUAAAAAAAACAUUAAAAAAUAAAAAAGUAAGAUUCAAAACUGUAUUUAUAAAUUAACAAUAAAUUCAAAUCACAAAUCUGUGAUAUUCUCACUGUUUCUUAAUAUUUUGAUACCCUGGUGCAGUUUGCCAAAAUGGAAGCUUAACCUUGAUAUCCUUAAAUUAACCCUUUUGGCAAUUUCUUCAGGUACGGUAAUUCGUGUUUAUGCAUUAUAACAAGACAAAGGUUCAUCCAAAUUUUUAACAUGCACUAAAAAGUUGUCUUGAAUACUGUAACAGCUUGCAUUUGGAGCUGCCUAGGUAAAAAGCUAGCAUUUAAUGUAUUCAUAUAUUUUGCAAUUUUAGAAUAUGUAAAAUUAUUUGUGCAUGUUCCAAAGGGCAUACAAAACUACUCAGAAAAUGAGGUUACUAUUUGUAUGAAGUUUAUUAAAGUCUGUGAUUGA